GACUAAACAGCGACGAAAGCAGACAUACUGACGUUACGUGAUUAGAAGUUAAAAAUGUCUUUUCUUGAGGUUUUCUUUUAUUUUGUGGCUUUACCGAAUUUUAAAAUUUAUCAAUUAUAUUUAAUCUCGCUGGUCCAGCUGUUACCAUCUUACUAAUAAUUUUCUCUAAUUGGUUUGCGGUUUCAUCCGAUUUUACGUUUCUUAAACCAUUGAUGCCAUUCGAUGUCUUCCUUGGAAUUUAACACAAUCCCGGGACUACAUGCAAUAUAUAUAUAAAUAAUAGUAGUUUUCCUCAUCUCAUUGUGUAUGUAACUUGCGACUGUAUGCAAGCAAGUUGUACGCGAAAUAGCCCAAACAGAAAGAAUGUUGCUGCGUGCAUUGUGGAAGAUACAAGUAUUGUCUCCAUCCCGUCUGUUCUUAUCUUAUUCUUCUCUGUGUCUAUUAGGAAUCUGGCAAGGAACAUGAUAGACCACCUUCCAAGCAGUGUUUUAAGCAAUCUGAUGAAAUUGGAAGUCUUGGACUUGUCAGGAAAUCAAAUUGGUUCCAUCAAAGGAGGAGUUUUCAGCGGACUGCAGAAACUUUCAACACUGUAUCUCGGUGAGAAUAGGGUUUCAAAGCUUGAAACUGGUAGUUUCCACGACAUGCCGAGCCUGAAGCAUUUGUGGCUGUCUAUCAACAUGAUCUGGGACCUUCCUCAUAAUAUAUUUCAUGGCCUCAUCCACCUUAAAGUACUCGGGCUCAGCAUGAACAAGCUGACGAAACUGAACGCCCAUUUGUUGAAAGAUGCAAAGAGUCUGCAGUUUUUGUGAGUAAAGUACUCAAGAAACACUGAUCAGUCAAUUGCAACUAUAUCUUAAGCCAAGUUUUGAAUUUAACGUAGAGUAACGGUGGAGGGCUUAUCGUGAAUAACAAAAAGUGCAUGGUAUAUAGAAAAGAGUACAUCGUACUUGGAGAAUAUCGGCUAGGUCUCUUCUCGGUACGGUCGAAGCACAGAAAGAUCUGAACAAUAAACGGCCGAGGGCCGGGUAGAUAUUCUCCGGUAUGGUCUCGAGCAAGCUUGGUAGAUGGUAAGCAAGAGAUCUAUCACACAACUUAAAUCUUUUAGAAAAAAUGUCACGAAAUUGACAAGAAGCUGUUUUCUUGUUUACAAUAUUUUCUCUUAAAGACUUCGCUGACAAUAUCGUCAGCACGUCCAUCUUGGCGUUCCACAUUCGAAAUUUCGAAUACUUUAUUCAUCGCGAAACAGUUUGCCUAUAAUCAAAUUGUAUCCCACUGCACAUGUGUUGUUAGUUCUCUAUUUCCGUUAGUUGCAUAAGUUAGUUAGUUGCACAAGUUUAGAGUAUUUAAACAAGCCUUCGAACCAAUAGAACUAAACAAAAUCAAAGAAACCAUGGUUUGUCCAGGCUCGUGCGAAAAUUAGUACACCUCCAUAUUUUAUUUUCUCGACAUGAAGGUUUUUGCAACACAACGAAAUCACCGCUAUACCUGACAACUUCUUCCAAAACGCAGGAAGCCUCAGAUAUGUGUAAGUGUAUAUUUAAUAUUUUAUCUUCUUGUUUAACAGCGUUUGGUAAUAAGACACAGUGAUGUUUAGAGGUAAUAUUUAACACCCGUAUAAUUCAUGGCACGAGGCAUCCAUUUGACCUGAUCAACUACACCCAAUCCCAUACGUACAGAGGCUAUGCAAAGUCAUGACAUCCCUUUUUAAAGAUAUAUUUUCUUGUAGCAAAAUGACUUCACAUAACUGUGCAGCAGCAGUAUCUAAACUCAGUUGGAAGCGCCCGACAGUAGUGAGUUUUGUCUAUAAUUAUUCAAAACGGAGAAAAGAACAGGUAAGCCAACUAAUGCGCAACAACGAUCAAGAUACUCAUCAACUGUUGUUCACCAAGGAAGGAAAAUGCACCCUUUAAAUCUUUAGAAAUUUUACCAGCUAGGUGGGGAUCGGUACACUUAGAAAACCGCACACAGCACUGUUCAGUCAAACUUUGAAGUAUGUCAGGGCGAAAGAAUUGUCUUGUCCAGGUGUAAACAAUGUUUGCUUCGUUUACGUUUGUAGGUUUUUAAAUAACAAUAACCUUACUAAAAUUGGACCGAAAUCUUUCCAAGGGGCAUCAAAUCUUGAUAUCUUGUGAGUAUCAUUUGCAUGUGUACUAGCUUGUAAAGAGAAAUUACUGAAGUCAACAAAAUUGAAAAUCUAAACUUAAAUUGAUCUAUAAACAAGCCUUGUACUAGGUGGAAAGAUAUGCUUCAAAAUAGAUCUGAAAUUCUGAUAUAUAAAAGAACGUGUCUGAAUAGUUAUAUUAAAGAAAUCCCGAUAACGUUGCGUUAGACAAACGAAAACAAAACUUAAACACAAAUAACCAAACAAACAUAAAAAAAGCACUUAAGAGUCUUAAGCAUUUCUAAGGAUUAUCGUCACAAAGAGAACCAAUAAAAUGUCGGAGAAUUAGAACAUUCGUUGUAUAGAAACUGUAUUCAUUCUGUAUCGAAGAAAAUGUAGUUACAAGCU